AUGACCAAUCAAUCGAGUUUGGACAGCACAGCCAAAGAAGCUGGGGCAGACUCAGCCUUUCCAUACGGCACACGUUCCCGUAACAGAACUGGUACUUCGCGUAUUAACUACGCCGAGGAUAGGGACAUUGAUGGCGAUGUUUAUGACUACUAUCACGACAAAAAGGACAGUGAUUCCAAAAAGACUUCACGCCAGUCUAGCGCUGCUGUGAAUGGCGAUGGGCCUCGUGGCGGUGCAAGCUCGCGCAAGGCUGGCACAGAUGAGCAAAAGGCAGCGCAGGUAGCGAAUGCUCCCAAGGAGCAACGGUCGGGCAGUUCAAAUAAUGUGCCCACGACAACGCAGCAGUCGGCUGCUUCACAGCCUACACGGAAGCGCAAGGUCGCGGGUAAUCCAGCUGGUUCCACUAACCCAGCGGCAUCCGUCAAUAAUUCGACCAAAAAAGCAGCAGCAUCCGGAACGACUCCGUCUAUCGUAUGGCCAGAAUCUAAUAUGCUGACUUUUGACAACUGCAGAAGUCGCCCUGUCAAUGGUAAAAUGGUGGCCGAUGAUGGUACAUCGCUGGAGCCAAAUGAUCAUGUGUACCUUGUCUGUGAGCCACCUGGAGAACCCUAUUACCUGGGCCGCAUCAUGGAGUUCCUUCAUGUGCAGAAUGACAGCAGCAAACCCGUGGAAGCUGUUCGCAUCAACUGGUACUACAGACCCAAGGACAUCGGCCGAAAAUCUACAGACCUCCGAAUGGUUUUUGCAACGAUGCACUCCGACAUCAGCCCGUUGACGGCGCUACGCGGAAAAUGUCAGAUUCACCACAAAGCUGAGAUUGAGGAUAUGGAAUUAUAUCGAAAGGCCCAUGACAGCUUUUGGUACGACAAGCUGUACGACCGCUAUAUCCAGAAGAACUACGACUUGAUUCCGACGCGUUCUAUUGUCAACGUCCCAGCUAAUGUGAAAAAGGUUCUCGACGAGCGCUGGAAAUACGUGCUAGUCGAGCAGGGGCGUGGCAAGGAGCUCACUAGCGCCGUUAAGCUCUGCAAGAGAUGCGCCGGCUAUUGCGCAAGAGGGUUUGCCUGGUCAUGUGCAGCAUGCAGUCGAGCCCAGGAAAGGAAGCUGGAGGCUCGUAAUACGCCUAAUGUUAAUGAUCCAAGCUUCGAUGCCGAAGAUGACGAUCCUAUGGAUGAAGAGGACGAGGAGAUGCAGGGGCUUGAGACUAAUCGGACCAGUCCCGAAGAAGGAGACCAUACUCACCACGAGGGCACUGCCGAGCAAAUAUACCAGGCCUCUCUUUGGCCGUACCGGUAUCUCGGAAUGCAUUGCAAGCCCGAGGACGCACUCGACUACGACGACAGAAUUUAUCCCCGCGCAAGUACGAGAAUUGGACCCAGAAAUCAAGCAAAUGUUUCCCCGUGGCCUGGAAAGCCGGUCGAGUACGUCAAGCCACUCGAGAUCAAGAAAAACGGCAAGAAAGACACCAAAUCCAAGGAAGCAUUGGCUGCUAUUGAAGCCGAUAAGAUCUCACGUGGGAAGCGACCGAAGUGGGUUCAAGACAUGCCCCCCGGCUACACAGCUCGGGGAGAAGAUUUUGACAACGACGACCCCAAGUGUACCGCAACUCGCAUGUGGAUUCCUCCCCCAGAUAAAGUGAUUAAAGAGAAGGACAUUAACGAGUACAUGGAAAAGGCCAAGGGAAUGACAAAAGAUCUCGGAUUGCCAGAACGUUCGACCAACCUGCAAGACGUGGCUGCCAACAAAUUGUUUCUUGCAGAAUUCGACACGCAACAUGCCCUCAAGGAUCUUUCUGAGACCAAGAAGGAGGCAUUCAAAGAGCCAGAACUGACACCAGCAGAGCAAAAGAAAUUUGAGGAAGCAGUGAUAAAAUACGGCUCUGAACUUUAUCUUGUGAGAAAGCACGUCAAAACUAUGCACUAUGGCAUGGUAACUCGUUACUACUACGCCUGGAAGAAGUCGGCACGUGGGAAGCAGGUUUUGGAGAACCAGGCCGGUCGCAAAGGAAAAAAGGAGGCCAAAAGAGCAGAAGCGGCUGCCAGUAAGCUGGCAGAUGAUGUUGCGGAUAACGAUGACGAUUCUGCGUUUGAUAUUGAGAAAGCAAAUCAGAAAAAGCAAGGAUUUGUGUGUCAAUUUUGCUCCGCGACAUUCUCGCGACAAUGGAGGCGCGCUCCGAACCCCGUUCCCUGGAUCGUCAACGAUGGGGGCCCGAAGAGCUCGAGUAAGGAAAAGGGCCAAGACCGUGUGGUAGCUUUGUGCCGUCGCUGCGCUGAGCUAUGGCGCAGAUAUGCUAUUCGAUAUGAAGAUGUGGACGAGGUUUCCAAGAAGGUCAACCAGGGCAGCGGCCGAAGCUGGAAACGGAAGCAAGACGAAGACCUUCUCAGGGAGUUGCAAGUCGCGAAGGAAAUGGGCAUGAUGACGCCGGAACGGGCACCGACUCCUUCAGCGGCCCCAGCUGUUGCCACCGUGCAAGAACCGCCACGGAAGAAGCUCAAAGGUGCAGCUUCUGACAAGGAUGUGGACAAUGUUCACUCGGAUGCUGCUAGUGCAACCGGCUCUACCACUUCCAAGAAGAAGGACAAGAGUGUGGAAAACCUUACAGUCCCCGAUAUUCCGAAACCUCUUGUGCUGCCUUGUGCAGUCUGUGGGCAACUGGAACCUCGAGGGGAGCAGCACUUGUCGUGCCGCGAAUGCCGCCUGACGGUACACCGCAACUGCUAUGGUAUCAUGGAUAAUCGAAACUCCGGGAAAUGGACUUGUGAUAUGUGUGCAAACGAUAAAAACCCACAAGUCUCAAUCCCGAAAGUAACACAUCACAAAAAGAAGAUGUCGGAGAAGGAUCGUGAGCGAGAACGCCUGGAGGUUCAGCAAGCUCGGAAAGCUGCGGACUUUUACCGCAAGAAGCAGGAAGAGAUGCAUCGCCCCGUCAACCCCCGGGAACCACUCAAGAGGACCGCGGACAACAAUUGGGUCCAUGUUACCUGCGCUGUCUGGACUCCAGAAGUCAAGUUUGGUAACGCCAAAGCACUGGAACCUUCGGAAGGUAUUCCUUCGAUUCCCAGGAGCAGAUAUGAUGAGACUUGUCAAGUGUGCAACAAACAGGAUGGAGCCUGUGUGUCGUGCCAUCAGUGUCGCAUUCCAUUCCACGCGGAAUGCGCUCGGCAACAUGGGCACGUUCUUGGAUUUGAAGUGACAUCUGUGAAAAGUUCGCGAAGAGACCAGUUUAGCAUUGUGGCUAUCAAUGGGGAGAGUGGCAUCAUGUCGGCAACUGUAUGGUGUAAGGAUCACGCCCCCACGAAGACUAAGAUUCAUCAGAUGCAAGAUAUUGUGGAUGAAUCGGGACUUAAUGCUUUACAGCUCUAUGUACAGAACUACAAGCAGGCCGACCUGGCACUGACAGGCACGGUCCGCAAGGCCAAUCUCAUGACAAACGCCGCCAAGUUGCCAGGUACAACGACUCAGCCUGGCCUACGCAGGUCCUCGACAACAAAUAUUCCCAAUGGCGGGUGGGGCCAGCAGCGAAAUGGGGACACGGCAGACGUGGCAUCAGACUCAAAACAACCAGGAGAAAAGGUCUGCAUCACCUGUGGUAUUGACACCAGCCCGAAGUGGUGGCCGAUCGAUAAUUCGCAGGAACGCGAACUCACCAAUGGGCAUUACGGCACACUCGGGAGCGAAGCACAGAAAUUCGUGGAACAGAGACGAUUCCAAUGCCAUAAAUGUCGAAAGGCCCAGCGUACAGCAAAGCCGCACCCGUGGCGGUCUCCUCUCAUGGCAGACGCUCCAUUACCUUCGGCUCACGGCGCAGGCAUACAAGGUACGACAACACAUGCUUUGCGCAGUCCACCACAGAUGGUGCCUGCCCCUCGGGAGACCAAUUCUUCUACUGCUUAUGCUUGGCCUCCACCAGUUCAUGCUCCGACAGUUCCUCCACCACCAAUGCAAGCGCCUGCCCUCGUCGCAGAUCAUGCCCUGGGCGCCCGGCCUCCUCCCCCUGCCCCAUACGCGCCCCUUCAACCUCAACGACCAUCAUAUAGUGACUGGGGACGACCUGCGAGCCAGCAAGGUUCGCCUCCUCGACACAUCACUGGGGGACCCCCAAUCCACAAUGCACCGCCGAUGUCCACACUAUCUUCGUUGCGACCACCUCCAGUUGUAGGACCAGGGCCUCCGCUUGGAUCUUCACCACCUGCACCACCGCCAGCAAACCAUCAUGGUGGUCCCGCGUCGCAGCCUUAUACCAACGGACUCCCUCCAUCACCUCGACGAUUGAAUGGACCAGCGCCACCACCUCGUUAUACUCAUCCGUAUCAAACCCACGGACACAGCGCUCCUCCGCCCCCUCCUCCUGCGUCGCAUUUACCACCACCAACGCUGACGAAUGGGGCACCACCGCCUCCGUCGCGGCACGAUGAUUUCUCUCAUGAACUUCACCCGCAGAGGCCGACUUAUCCUGCUCCUCACGGAAGCCCAACAGGCCCUCGAAAUGGGCCACAGCCUUCAUCGAGUCGCCCGGCGAGUGGAGCAAGUGCCAGUCCCUCGCUACGAAAUCUCCUUUCUUGA